AUAAACAAAAAGUUAUAAAUUCUUUUGUCCUCAAGUUUCUUCCGAACCCUUUAAUUUCAAGAAUGGCAUAUCUCGAAAGAUCAUCUCCAACAUUGAAAGAAACACUCCUCAAGAUAUACCGUGCUGAAAAACCUAUCGAGAUCGAUCAACAUUUCUAUGAGUUUGGUUCGAUUCAAUAUCACAUCAAGUGCUCCGUUUUGGAUACAAAUAUUGUGUAUGUAUCCACGUCGACGUUGCUUGAGACACAAGGAAUAGUGACGUCAAAGGAGAUUUUAAGUGCCACUUAUGAGGUGAUUAAGAAUAUAGCAGUUGGUGUGAUAGAUAUUGUUGAUCCACCAAGAUUAGGGUUUCAAUUGACGCUUAAGCUUCACCUUGAUAAUAUUCCACGUGGCAAAGAGGCUAUUAAAAUCAUAACAAGGAUUUCUGAAAUACAAGCGAUAAUACUAAGUAGCCAAUUAAAAGAGAUGCUAAAACGCUUGAAUUUUCAAGACGAUUCACAAGCGAUGAACAAUAACAACAGGCCCGUCAGGAUUGUUUAUCACCCAAGUGAACCUUUCUAUGUCUUUAGACAGGCGGAGAAAAUCACGGCGGUGUUUCCAAUGAAUUUUAAAGACAACUCGGAUGUAGUCAUUGCUAUGUCAUUCUUCCAGGAACUAGUGGAAGUGGGAAGCCAAAAAGAAAUGGGAAAGGCACCACAAUGUAGUUGGUCACCAGUUCCUCCUUUCCAACUUAGAGGAGAACCGGUCCACGACUUGACCACCAAUGCUGGUUUUGUCUCUUUUGAUAUCACUUCACGGCACGUUGAAGGAAAGAGGCUAGACAAAACGGUUUGGAAUUUACUAAAUUUCUAUGCAUACGUUAAAUACCAUAUAAAGUGUACAAGAGGGUACAUACAGAGAAGGAUGAGAAAAAGAAUGGACAGUUUGGUGAAGCAGCGGCUAAAUAACACAAGAUUCGAAGAAGAAUCUCCCCAAAAAGAAAAUGGAGCAUGCAAAUACGUAAAGGAGCUUGUGAAGGUACAAAAAGGCAAAUUGAUGAUGCAACAGAGAUGCAAGGAUAUGACAAGGAGAGUGAAGAUAAGCAAAUUUCGGAUCAGAAUCAACGGCUGUGCUCGAUUUCGCUUCAAUCAGCGGUGGAUAUCUAUCCCCAAAUUCUCUUCGAAAUCCUCAAAAUAAAUCAUACACAAAAUUGGACUAAGCAAAUCUCUUAAACUACUAUAUAUACAUAUUUGCACAUAUAAAUGUAAUUUUUAGAUUCCCUAUAUUACUAUAAUAUAUACAACAAAAAGUAACCUAACGAAGAGUUGACAAUGAAUGCAUGCAUGUUACGCAAGGGAUAUAUUGUCCAAAUGCCAUAUACAUCAAUCAAUCUUUUUGAUUCUUAUUUUACGUU